GAAUUGUCAAAAAUACAAGGUAAUGAGUAUGAUUGGGCGAACGAAGAUGUCAUCAUAAAUCAUUUCAACGAAGUGGAAACGAUUAGAUUUGCUAGAUCCCUUUCAGUCGGACAAACUCUGGUCCUUCUAAUCAAAUAUUAUGAUACUCAUACUGCUCGAGCUGCCAAAGAAUCAAUAAAUGGCUUAGAAAAUAAGUUUGAAGAUAUGGCAAAGGUUUCUCUAUCCACGCUUAAAAAUAGUACCGUGAUCUCGUCUGAUAAUAGAGCUAUCCCCAAGAAAAAUACUCUAGAUAUUGAAAGAAUUAGAAAUGGCCUUGAUGAUUGUACCACAUUAAUAAUCAGAAACAUUCCAAACAAGUACAAUCAG